GGAACUCCGAGGGUCCGCCGGGGGAAGUGUUGUUAUUGUUGUUGCAAGACAACAAGUCUGUGGUGAAGAAAAUCGCCACACAAGAUUUGUUCAAACUGUCUGAUGCAAACAAGACAGUAGAGAUGUCUCUACUUGCUUCAAAGAGCAUCGUCUCUGGCCUUGCAAAGCUGAGAUUGACAGUGAAGGCCUACAAGUACGUGGCAGCUGUUGGAGUGGCCGCUCGGUUUAUCCAGCCAACCGCUGCUGUGCACUGUACAGGUCGAGCCUGCUCGGAUGAAGUGUCGAAGGCUCAAGGUGCUAAAUUCACAAUUGGGGAGCCGACCAUUUUCUCCAAGAUUAUAGAUAAGUCUAUUCCAGCAGAUAUUCUUUAUGAGGAUGAACGGUGUCUGGCAUUUUCUGACGUGAGCCCCCAGGCCCCAGUCCACUUCCUCGUCAUCCCAAAGAAAAUAAUUCCCAUGUUGAGUCUCGCUGACGAUACAGACGAAAUGUUGCUGGGUCAUUUGUUAGUGGUGGCCAAAGACGUGGCACAGAAGCAAGGGCUGGAGAAAGGAUAUCGUGUGGAUAAGAGACCUGUGAAGGGACUGCUGUGCCUGUCGGGUGAUGUGAAAUCGGAAAUUCAAGAAAGAAGUUAAUGAGGAAACUCACCCCCGUCUUGUGAUAUAUUUGUGUGAGAAUUCAAGAGAACCGACUUUCACCCUGAUGAUCCUCCUGUUUUGGCAUUUGGGAAAAGGCCUUUGCUUGGGAAGCAUGUUUCCAGAUCUGGCCAGUUCUCUGAUCAAGUCAGGGCUCUCUGUUUUUUUAUAUUGUUUUGUUUGUUUUGCCUUUCAACGAAUCCCGAUCGGGUUUGCAUCGAGUCUGACUUUUACUCAAAUUCUGUUUCAUAAAUUAUGUGAAAUACACAUUUUCAUUUGCGUUUAUUUUCAGCAUUAGCUGGGCUUAUCGUUAAAAAAUGUCAUGAAAAUACACAUUUUCAUAUCCGUUUAUUUGUGUGUAUUUGCAGUACUGGUUUAUUUACCAGGGUCGGUUUGUAACAUCUUAAUCUACUGGGUUUCUGUAGACUCCCAGUUUUUCCCCUCCAAUUUUUGGGGGAGGAUUUUUUAAAAGGAAAACUCCUGUUUGUUGUCUCGGAUUGGUCGACAGGUCUGUGUAUAAACUAUAGGCCUAUGUACUUGUGUGAGUAGUUGCUCUUUUUUUCUUUCUUCUUUUGUUGUCUUUUACAUUUACUGUUGCCCCUCGUGCUGUACUGUCAGGUUGUCCGAAUAGAAACGGAUCAUUGGUGCUUCACCUAUUGUUUGUCUCAAGUUUCUGUCUUGGUCUCUAGCAAAUACCAGACUACCGUACUUCUUAUUUGCUUCAAAUGACAUUAUGAGAGAAAUUUGAAUUCGAAUUCAGAGAGCAUUGCAGACAUUCUUUUUUUUCUUUAUAUUUGCAGUAGACGUAGGAGGGUAAAGUAAAGGUAAUGCUUGUGUUCUGUGAUGUCUUUUUUUUGUAUGGAUAAACUUGAUUUAUUAUAUAAUAAUAAACCAAAGUAUUUGUCUGUAGAGCACUUACUGUGGAAAUUGGUUAUUCUCUUGGUAUUGCCUGAUUGGAUUUAUGAUGUAUUUUUGACCAUUGUUUUCUGUAGCAUACUUUAUGCAAUGUUAUUCAGAAUGGAAUAUUAUGAAAUGUUGCUGGAAAACAAGAAUAAAGAAGUUAUAUAAAUAAA